UCUUCACUUCUCAUCUUUAAUUCCUGUAAGCCCAGCCACCAUGGGGUUUUCACCACCUUGCCUCUCUCAAUCUCUCUCUUUCAUUCUGUUUCUCUUCCAUUUCCACUCAACAAUUUCAUCUCCACUCUCCUCAAAUUACUCCUCCUCUUCUUCUCAUUUGUGUGCUCAUCGCCAAUCUCUCUCUCUCCUUCAAUUCAAACAAUCCUUCUCCAUUCAAAAUAGUUCAGCUUUAUCGGAGUACUAUUGUCCACAUCCCUUUCCAAAAACAGAGUCAUGGAAAGAGGGUACAGACUGCUGCUUGUGGGAUGGGGUCUCUUGUGACCUGAAAACCGGCCAUGUCACUGCACUGGACCUCUCUUGCAGCAUGCUUUACGGCACCCUCCUUCCCAAUAAUUCUCUCUUCUCCCUCCAUCAUCUUCAACACCUCGACCUCUCUUUCAAUGAUUUCAACUCCUCCCAUAUUUCUUCUCGAUUUGGCCAGUUCUCCAAUCUAACACAUCUUAACCUAAGUGGUUCAGAUCUUGCAGGCCAAGUCCCAUCAGAAAUCUCUCAUCUCUCCAAAUUGGUUUCACUUGAUCUCUCUAAAAACUUCAAUCCAAGUCUAGAACCAAUUUCCUUUGACAAGCUUGUUCGAAACCUAAGCAAGCUUAGAGAACUCGAUUUGAGUUGGGCAAACAUGUCACUAGUUGUUCCCGAUUCCUUGAUGAAUCUGUCCUCUUCUCUGUCAUCGCUCAAACUCUAUUACUGUAGAUUGAAAGGAAAACUCCCAUCCUCAAUGGGGAAAUUUAAGCACCUGCAGUUCUUGGAUCUUGGAUGGAACGAUCUUACUGGUUCAAUUCCAUAUGGUUUUGAUCAACUCACCGAGUUGGUUUCUCUUGAUCUCUCUUGGAACGACUAUGUGAGUCUAGAACCAAUUUCUUUUGACAACCUUGUUCGAAACCUAACCAAGCUUAGAGAACUCGAUUUGAGUUUCGUAAACAUGUCACUAGUUGUUCCCGAUUCCUUGAUGAAUCUGUCUUCUUCUCUGUCAUCGCUCAAACUCUAUUACUGUAGAUUGAAAGGAAAGCUCCCAUCCUCAAUGGGGAAAUUUAAGCACCUGCAGUACUUGGAUCUUGGAGGGAACGAUUUUACUGGUUCAAUUCCAUAUGAUUUUGAUCAGCUCACCGAGUUGGUUUCCCUUGGUCUCUCUUCCAACAACUAUCUAAGUCUAGAACCAAUUUCUUUUCGCAAGAUUGUUCAAAACCUAACCAAGCUAAGAGAACUGGAUUUGGGCUAUGUAAAUAUGUCUUGGGUAGCACCUAAUUCCUUGAGGAAUCUGUCCUCUUCUUUGUCAUCUCUUUCCCUUCGGGGUUGUGGAUUGCAAGGGAAAUUCCCGGGUAACAUCUUUCUCCACCCAAACCUUGAAUCACUAGAUUUGUCAGACAAUAAGGGCCUCACUGGCCCUUUUCCUUCGUCCAAUUUGAGUAAUUUCUUCUCUCGGUUGGAUCUUUCUAAUACAAGAAUUUCAGUUUAUUUAGAAAACGACUUGAUGAGUAAUCUAAAGUCAUUAGAAUAUAUGUAUCUUCGUAAUAGUAACAUUAUAAGGUCAGAUCUAACCCUGAUUGGUAAUUUUACAAAGCUCAUUUAUUUAGAUCUCUCAAUUAAUCAUUUAAGCAGUGAGAUCCCAUCGUCACUUGGAAACCUUGUACACCUCCAUUCCUUGCUUCUCGGUUCUAAUAAUUUUGUGGGUCAAAUUCCAGAUUGUUUGGGUAGCCUAGCCAAUCUUUCAUAUUUAGAUUUAUCCAAUAAUCAACUAGUAGGUCCUAUCUAUUCUCAAUUAAAUACCUUUUCAAAUCUACACCAUCUAGAUUUAUCUGAUAACUUAUUCAAUGGAACAAUACCAUCCUUUUUGUUAGCCCUUCCUUCUUUACAGCAUCUUGAUCUUCAUAACAAUAAUCUCAUAGGCAAUAUAAGUGAACUCCAACACUAUUCAUUGGCAUACCUUGAUUUGAGCAAUAACCACUUGCACGGUACAAUCCCAAGUUCGGUUUUCAAACAACAGAACUUGGAAGUCCUUAUUCUUGCGUCCAAUAGUGGAUUGACAGGUGAGAUUUCUUCUUCUAUUUGCAAGCUGAGAUUCCUUCGGGUCCUGGACUUGUCCAACAACAGCUUUAGUGGUUCCUGUUGAAGUAAACUCAAUCCAGAAGGUCAA